AUGAAUUCCUGCGUAGUAAUGGAGGCACACCUGCACGACGUCCUGCUCGCCUCACUGCGGCGCGACAUGGAGAGGCAUCAGCGGCUUGCCCAGCGAAAUUUGGCGCCACGCGACUUUCUCCUCAAGGUGAAUGGCGUGCAGCUGCAGUCCAACGUUUCAGCAAGGAGCCGCAAAGGUCACUGGGAUAGGCCCGACACGACGCCUCUACAACUGAGUGGAAGCACCGUAUUGCACGGCGAGGCAUGGUCUUCCCUCGUGUUGACUACACUAUUAUCGGUGCUGCAGGAACUCGCAAGCGACGCACAGAGAGAACCAAAUGCGGCUGCAAGUCAAAGCGCAGCUUCGUCGGCAGUUUCCGUGCUAAGAUCCGUUGGUGGAAUAGAAAUGCGCCACUGCCGGCUGCAGGCACGCCAUCUCUGCACCGACGACCGCGGCGCGACAGGCAACGUAUCACUAGCUGACAUAGUCGUUUUCCCUCAGCUAUUAUGGAACUCGACAGCAGAAGCAGUGCUACCGCCUGCAUAUGUGUGCCUCGCGACGUUGGAUCUUGAGUGCAACGAGCUGGGCGAUGCAGGACUGCGACUGCUUUGCAGCGGUCUUCUCGCGAAUCUUCGCGGUCUUCGCCGUCUCCUGCUCGCCUCAAAUAACAUUACCUCCGCCGGACUGCUCUUCCUGGCCGACACUGCCCAGUCACAGAAUGGGUGCGAACUGCCUCCGCGGCUCGAGACGAUUGGCCUCACAAACAACCCGGUGGGUACACACGCAUGCGGGGGUAUAGAUGCCCACUCUUCUGAAGACGCCUGGUGCGACGCGUUCCGCACGCUGGCGUCGCACCUCUCCCCGACGCUUCGGCGGGUGCACCUCAAUCAUGCUGGCUUAAGUACGCAUGAGGUUUUCUCUGUAUUACACACGCUGCUUGAGUGCGUCGCCCAGCAUCCAGAGCAAUGCGUGUUUGACACGGUCUACCUGCGAGAAAACCAGCUCGCCGACAAGGCAGAGGUGCUGCGCCUCCUACGCAGCAAGGCGGAAGACCUGGCAUGGCUCGACACCUUUGUACAGCGCCACGUCUCCAUGUGA